UGGCAAUUGACAGAGGUCCGAAGUGUGUGACUUCUGACACUCGUCUCAGCAUGGAGAACACACCUUAGUGCAGACUUUACUUGCAGAGAAACUACACGCAGUUUAAACUACGGACUAUGGAUUCCUCUACAAACAGUUUGGAUGAUGUUUCAGCAGACAGCAGCGCUGAGUUCCCAGACCGGGCAUCUAUGAUGGAAGUGCGUCUGCAGGCACAGGAGGAUGAGAUCACACUGCUGAAAUCCUCGCUGGCAGAUGCUCUGCGCAAGAUCCGCAUCCACGACCAGCUCCUCCCAUUACUGAAGCAACAGCUCAUAGCAGUGAACCCAGGUGCUGCACGGGUGCUGAACCAAGUGUGCGGCUCAGAUGGUUGCACCAGCAGCAGAAAACUGUCCACCAGCUCAGCCACUGAUGGGAUCCGCCACCCUGCGACCAGCCAAAUGUCAGACAGCAUUGUGACCAAUGCUAAUGGCCACAUAGUGUCCAUGGAGCACCGAACCAAACCAGCAACAAUGGAAAGGGCAACGCAAACAGAGCCUAGCCUGCCAGUGCAGGACGCUGGGCAGGACCGGGUCCCUCUUUCCAGAAGGGUCCAGAGCCUACACUUGGAGGAUGCCCUCUUUCCAAGCGAGUCUGUGCCUGAGGGGACCCGGGCUAAGCUCCACCGCGUUCCUGGUAUGGAGGAGGAGGAUGAGGAGCAGGAAGAAGAUGAAGAAGGAGCAGGGGAGCAGGAUAAAGAACUGACUUGGACGUCAUUAGUGGAGGAACCCAUUCAACCCACCACAAUCAGAGGCCUCCAGAGGGAGGACUUCCAGGAUAGAAGCUGCUCUCCAGAGGAGCCAGGCUCUGCCUCAGUCUCACUCAGGACCUCAGACCAAAACCUCAGCUCUCGCUCCGGACCUCUGUCCACCAUACAGGAAGGACAGAAGCCUCUGGUUCGUAGAAACAGUGAGAAACUGGGGAACCCGGAGAGGCAGAGGAAACGCCUGGACAAAAAAGCAGCAUCUUCGGCCAACCUCCUCACCCGCUCCCCCAGCCUGGAGAACCGGGCUAAGGAGCUGCUCGCCAGUGCAGGAUCACCCGGCUCCAGAAGAGGAACCUAUAGCCAAGGACAGUCCAUCAAAAUGUUCAUCCGAGGCCGGCCCAUAACCAUGUACAUCCCCUCUAAUAUCCAAAACUAUGAAGACCUGAAGAUGGAGCCGCCGUCUGAGAGGCUGGAGCUGGACUGGGUCUAUGGUUACCGAGGACGGGACUGUCGGGCCAAUCUGUACUUCCUCCCAACAGGCGAGGCAGUGUACUUCAUCGCCUGUGUCAUUGUGCUUUAUCACAUCAACAACCGCACGCAACGGCACUAUCGCAAACACACAGACUGCGUCCGCUGUCUCACCGUUCACCCCGACAAAGUGCGAGUAGCAUCUGGGCAAACAGCAGGGGUGGAUAAAGAUGGAAAGCCUCUGCAGCCAUGUGUUCAUAUCUGGGACUCCGUCACACUGGUCACCCUGCAGCAAAUUGGCCUGGGAGCCUUCCAGAGGGGAGUGGGAUCAGUGGCAUUUUCCUUUGCUGACUCUGGAGCGUUCCUGUGUGUGAUCGAUGACUCUAAUGAACAUAUGCUGUCAGUAUGGGAUUGUACUAAGGGGACGAAGCAUGCAGAGGUCAAGAGUACCAACGAGGCUGUGUUUGCUGUGGAGUUUAACCCCAGUGACAGCACCAACAUCAUCACCUGUGGUAAAUCCCAUGUCUACUUCUGGACACUCAACGCAGGACAGUUUACAAAGAAACAAGGCAUCUUUGGAAAAUACAAGAAACCCAAGUUCAUCCAGUGCUUUGUAUUCAGCCUAACUGGAGACGUUCUGACUGGAGACUCUGAAGGAAACAUCCUAACCUGGGGAAAAUCUGCUGCAGAUGUGAAAACUCUGGGUAAAGGAGCCAAAGAGACGUUCCAGAUCAUGCGACAGACCAGAGCCCAUGAAGGUAGUGUGUUUACUCUGUGCACCCUGCAGGGCGGCGCUUUGCUCAGUGGAGGAGGAAAGGACCGAAAGAUCAUCCGCUGGAGCGCCGACCUGGCACCUGAGAGAGAGUGUGAGAUUCCAGAAAAGUAUGGUGCAGUUCGCACCAUUGCAGACGUGGAUGAAGAAGAGCUAUUAGUUGGUACAACCCGAAAUGCCAUUCUCCGAGGAACAUUCUCAGAUGGGUUUGUGGCCAUAGUGCAGGGCCAUGUAGAUGAGAUGUGGGGACUAGCUACACAUCCCUCUCAGAACAUCUUCCUCACCUGUGGUCAUGACAGGCAGGUGUGUUUGUGGAACACAGAGGAACACAAGCUAGACUGGUGUAUCACCCUGGAGGAGUAUGGAUUGUGUGCUGACUUCUGCCCUAAUGGAUCAGUGGUUUCAGUUGGACUCAGCACAGGAAGGUGGAUGGUCCUUGACCUGCUGACCAGGGAGGUAGUUUCUGAGUCCACUGAUGGGAAUGAGCAGCUGUCUGUCAUGAGAUAUUCACCAGUUGGCAGCUUUCUUGCUGUUGGAUCUCAUGACAACUUCAUCUACAUCUACAAUGUGACAGAGAGUGGUCGGCGUUACACACGCUUCGGGAAGUGUAAUGGCCACUCCAGUUUCAUAACUCACCUGGACUGGUCCAAAGAUGGGAAGUACAUCAUGUCUAAUUCAGGCGACUAUGAGAUCCUAUACUGGGACAUAGCAGCAGGCUGUAAGCUGUUGAGGAACCGCUAUGAGAGCAAGGACAGAGAAUGGGCCUCCUACACCUGUGUGCUGGGCUUCCAUGUCAUGGGUGUGUGGUUGGAGGGCUCAGACGGUACAGACAUUAACGCACUGUGUCGCUCUCAUAAUGAGACAAUGGUGGCUGUGGCUGAUGACUUCUGUAAGGUGCACCUCUUCCAGUACCCCUGUCCUAAACCUAAGGCACCAAGCCACAAAUACGAAGGCCAUGGCAGCCACGUUACCAACGUCUGCUUCACCCACAGUGACUCCCACUUGCUCUCUAUGGGUGGAAAGGAUACCUGCAUCCUUCAGUGGAAGGUGUUCGGGAGCGGGGCAGGGGAAAGCAGAGAGAGACUGGCCUCAGCCUCAGUCUCGUCCACCUCUACCAGCUCUCCAGAACCUGCCACCAGCUAAACAGGGAUGGUGUUGUUAACAUUAUAGAAGGGGGGCUGUGUCCUCACAGCCACAAACGUGUGGAAGUCAGUUAUUGGCUCAGUUUGACCUCUGUGGUGCCACUGCUGUCAGUUUCAUACAAAACAUGUAGAGGGAUCCUCUUCUGGAGGAGCAUCCGCAUUAAUGUUACGCUUUAAUCAUGUAAAUUCUUGUGAAACUGGAUAGUGUGAUGCUUCCCAUUAUACAGAAUAUGUGUUGUUCUGUUGCACAUGUGGAAAGGACCAUUAGAAGCAGUCGUGUGUGUUUGUUGGUGCAAAACAAGACUUCUGUGGUGACAAAGACUUUGAUUUCGAUGAAUAUCCCAGUGUUUAAGUCUGUCUUGUUAACCAAACUUCACAAAGUGCUGCAUUGUGGCAUACACCAUCAUGCCUAUACUGAUGCUUGCAUACAAAUGUUUUUACACAUUUAAAAAAUGUAAACAGUGUUUGGAUUACAUCUCAGCUGAUACUGUGGCUGUUUUCAUGCUAACAUUAGAAAGACUGUGACAAACCUGUUCCACUGAAAUCAACUCAGCAUCUCUUACUUAACAAUUUUCUCUAAAAAUAGAUCAGUACACUUGAAAAUGAUUACUUUCGUACAGUUUUAUAUAUAUUUAAAAGAACGUUGGCAAUACUGUGAUGUUCUGUCAGUUAAACUCCCAAUAAACAAGUGAAGACUGGAA